AUGAAGGUCAUCUCCACACUUGCCCUCCUCUCCGGCCUCGCCGGCCUCGCCCUCGCCUGCCCGGACGGCUACUUCGAAGACUGCUGUGCCGAGUACGGACCCACCUCCCCUGAAGAGCUUCGCAGAAUGACCGUCGAUGAGAGUAUCAUACCAGAGGGGGUGACGAUAGCCGGUUACGUUUGCCAGGGUGCGAGAGGAUGCGAGUAUUACGACCGCACCCCUCGCUGCUGCAAGUCUACCUGGAAGGGGAUCCAAACCUGGAUCAGUGGCCACAUUACAAGGAGUGGCCACGAAGGCGCUGGCUUCUCGGCAGUGAUCUUUGAGCUCUUGACUAUGGGCUGGCUAGACCACAAACACCAUUACUAUACAGGGGAUGAGUGCCAAAAAAUUGAAUCUCUGACCGAAUUCCUUGGUGCCAGAAACACAAAACAACGGUGA